ACCACCCGGGGCCUCAUCUCCAACCUCACCUGCCUCCUCUGCAAGAACUACAAUGUCUUCCAAGUGGACGUCAGCUACGGGGAGAGCUCCAAGGGCAAAAGCGCCUUCAAGAAGAAGCAGCAGGGCUGCCAGGUGCUCAGGAAGUACGUGCAGGUCAUU